AUGCGGUCUAAGGUGACGAACGAAAAUACUUGGGAGACAAAAUGGACUACAGAAUCGUCACAGAGUGGUAGAAAACUGCGACGGACGACGAAAAAAACGGAUUCUUCGGGAUUGAAAUUGUCAAAGCCUUCCAGGGGAAAUACGGCACGAGAGAGAACUCUCAGAAGACUGGAAAGCAACGAACGGGAACGUAUGCGAAUGCACAGCUUGAAUGAUGCAUUUCAGUCUUUACGCGAAGUGAUCCCGCAUGUUACCAAGGAGAGGCGACUUUCGAAAAUUGAGACAUUAACAUUGGCUAAAAAUUAUAUAGUGGCACUUACGGAUGUAAUAUGUGCCAUGAGAAGUGAGGAGCGAUCGGAGGAUCAGCAGAGUGGCUCUGAAAGUCGCCAAGAUUCGUCAAACAGUGAGCAGCGAUUGGAAUCCACUACCGUUCGCAUGAAUAUUCCUAUCGCCACUAGAUCCUGUAGUUCGGGAACUCAAAAUUUUUAUCAAAAUAAUCAUUCGCGGUGGGAAAAUGACCAAGGCAACAUUACAGGUCUUUGAAAAGUUAUGAUGCUAAAUGAUACAAAGAUAAUGCGCGAAUUGAGAUCUUAAACGGCAUUUUGACUAGUCUUCCCUUCCUUAAUCGUGCAUGCGUUUACAUCUUAAAAAGUUCCAAUAUCUAAUGCGUCUCUGGCAAAUCUUAUCAAAAUUAAUGAUAUAUAUCUUACGACUGAUAUAAUAAUCUAAGAAAAUACUACGUGUGUGCCAAAGAAAGAUAGUAUUUAUUUUACAGAAACGAAUAAAAGUAUUAUGUAGAUAUUAAUGUAUAGUAAUGUUACAAUAUUUUAUUUUGAAUGUGACAAGACAUUAUUUUUUGGUAAUAAACGAUAGAAAGAGAAAAAUUCUUCAGAAAAAAUUUUAUAUUAAUAUAUAAAUGUUA